GUUAAGUGAAAAAGAAAGAUCUUCUAUUCGUUCAGGUUCGGUUUUUGUAUGGGAUGAACGUGAGGCCGGAAUGAGAAGAUGGACUGAUGGUAAAAGUUGGUCAGCUAGUCGUGUCAGUGGAAGCUUCUUAACCUAUAGAGAAUUGGAAUCAAAACGUAAAUCAAAUUCUCGCGGUUCUAAUAAUCCUCAUGAUUUAUCAAGUGAAGAUACUGACUCAAGUGAAUCCUACCAUCCCGUAACAAAGAAAUCUAUGUCCGCUACUGAACAAUGCAGAUAUAAACAUGGUGGUCUUGUUAAACAAUCCUUUAGUAUAACAACUACUGCUCAUCAAAAACUUCAUUUGAUUUGUUAUUAUACUAAGGCUGAUGUUAUAAACGAAAAACUUCAAAUCCCAAGUCAUGAUGAAAAAUUAAAGAAUAUCCCUAUACCGAAAGGAAUUCCUUAUCCCUGGCAAUUACAACAAUCUCACCCUACUGCUCAUCAACAUCGUCAUUCUUCUGAACCUAUGCAAUUUGAUACCCAAUCUGCUUGUUCAACUCCUUCGAUUUCUUCUUCUCCAUCAACAACUGAAGAUGAUUUCCCAAAUUUCAUGGGUGGUCGUCAUAAUUAUUUACAACAUCAUGCUAGUGGUAGCACCUCUUCACUACCUGUCUAUCCUCCUUCAAAUUUCAUUCAGCCUUCAUCCGAUAAUGUCUUUGGAAAUGGUUCGCAACCCAUCAAUAUUCCUAAUGCCAGUUCAAGAUUCACUUUCCCUGCUCCUCAAUUACCUUUCUCUGCUUCUUAUCCUCCACAAUCAUCUCAAGCUAAUGGUUUUCAGUUACCACCACAGGAUAUUCCAAGAGAAAAGAUGAUUGAUAGAAAUAAUGAAGACCAACGUCAAUUGAAUGCUAUUUAUACUACCCUGAAACUUUAA